CAAUACUGCGUGCGCAUAUAUUGCUCCCUUCCAGGACCGUUUAGCAGUCCAUUCAAGCGGACAGUUUUGGAGUGAAUGUUGAGAGCGUCGAGAUGGAGCCCAACUCACUCACGUGGGUCGGCUCACCUUGCGGUUUUCACGGACCUUACAUUUUCUACAAGGCUUUUAGGUUUGACAUUGAAGCCAAACCUCGGAUCCUGUCUCUGGGAGACUUUUUCCUAGUGAGGUGUAGACCCGGGGAACCGCUCUGCAUAGCGGAGCUACAGCUGUUAUGGGAAGAAAGAAGCAGAAAACAACUUUUAUCCAGCUCCAAACUUUAUUUUCUCCCCGAAGACACCCCUCAGGGACGGACUGUCAGUCACGGAGAGGAUGAGGUCCUGGCUGUGUCUGAGAAGGUGGUGGUGAAGUUACAGGACCUGGUCAGAUGGACUGUAUGGGACUCUUCAGGCUGGAGCAGGGGCCUGAAGGCUGCACCUCUAAAGCCCAGUGAGGUGCUCCAAGAGCUGGAGAAGAAUGGACAGAGAGACGCCCCCGUCCUCUACCGGUACAGAGAGUCACCACUCAACAGCGGCCUCAACAUCAAAGACGUUUUAAAGGACAAGACUCAACUGGGUGAUGACGGGGACCAGAAGCGUGUGUCGGUGCUGUCUUACCCCCAGUAUUGUCGCUACCGUUCCCUAUUGGCCAGGCUGAAAGAAAGACCCGCCUCCGUCCUCACCUCACAGGUGGUUCUGGCCCUGGGGGGCGUGACCUCACUCACAGACCACACCCACAUCCUGUACUGCAGGGACACCUUUGAACACCCCACCCUCAUCGACAACGACAAUGUCUGUGAUGAGUUCGCUCCCAACCUGAAGGGCCGGCCUCGGAAAAAGAAGCUGUCCGUCUCGCAUCGCUGCGACUCCCAGAAUACACCAGCAGGCAAGGAGACGUGCAACACAGAGGGCAAGGCCCCUGCCAAGGUGAAGCCUGAGUCCAAGGCAGUGCUGUCCAGGUGGCCUAAAGGAAUCAGUAGAGGCAGCAUAUGCUGUAAGAGGGUCUCCCCUAAAGGAAGAACAGGGGGAGGAGGUGAGGAGUGUCCUCCUGAUGAACAGGCCUUCCUAGUAGCUCUGUAUAAAUACAUGAAGGAGAGGAGGACGCCCAUAGAGAGGAUCCCCUACCUGGGCUUCAAACAGAUAAACCUUUGGAACAUGUUUCAAGCAGCAGAGACCCUUGGAGGAUAUGAGCUGAUCACAUCGCGCCGACAGUGGAAACAUGUUUAUGACGAGUUAGGAGGAAACCCAGGAAGCACCAGCGCUGCAACCUGCACCAGACGACACUAUGAAAGGCUUAUCCUGCCCUAUGAGAGGUUCACUAAAGGAGAGGAAGAUAAGCCCCUCCCCCUAUCCAAACCCCGUAAAGACCUCACCACCCAGCAGGAGGUCCCCAAGACCAAGGUUCCCACGGUGACGCAGUGCCCCAAAGAGGAGCAACACCCACAAAACCCCCAACCCCCCAGGACUGAACAGGACCCCUGUGCUAAAGACCUGGAACUCUCACCAGAGUGUGAGGAGAAGGAAAGUAGUCCGGAGGAGGAGGGAGUCAAGGUGAAGCAGGAGGUGCCCCUGCCAGCUGGUGAGGUGAGCAGGAGCACCAGUGAGGAGGAGGAGGAGGAGCCAGUAGCGGUCUGCAUCAAGGAGAGGGUUCUACACCAAGGAGUUUCCUGGGAGAACAAAGAGAAGCCACCUUCAGACACCACUACACUCCACUUCUUCCCUGUAGACACUCCCACUCCAAUAAACCACUCCCACCCUCAGGACCAAUGGCAAAAGGAGCUGCCUGACUAUUGCAACCCAUGUCCCCAGGCCAGGCUGGACCAGUCUGGGUUGACUGAGGAGCCCCAGGGCCCUUACCCUGGCAUGGUGGGCAUAGUGGAGGUGGUGCUCCCCAUUCGGCAGAGGUCCCUACAGUCCCCCAGGGCUCCAGAGGACACCACAGACAGAGAACAGCUCCCUGGACAGGACCACUCCUGUUACAGAUACUCUACUAUACUCUACCCAGGCAGAGCCCAUCCUGGACCUGGCAUCAACCAUCCAGACACCAACCAUUCAGGCACCAACCCUGGCAUCAACCAUCCAGGCACCAACCCUGGCACCAACCCUGGCAUCAACCAUCCAGGCACCAACCCUGGCAUCAACCAUCCAGGCAUCAACCAUCCAGGCAUCAACCAUCCAGGCACCAACCAUCCAGGCACCAACUCUGGCACCAACCAUCCAGGCACCAACCAUCCAGGCAUCAACCAUCCAGGCACCAACUCUGGCACCAACCAUCCAGGCACCAACUCUGGCACCAACCUUACAGGCACCAAUCCUGGCACCAACCAUCCAGGCACCAACCAUCCUGGCACCAACCCUGGCAACAACUCUGACACCAACCACCCAGGCACCAUGUCUGAUCUAGCCAAGAAGAAGCUGCUCUCUCAGGUCAAUGGGAACGCCCCUGGGCCAUCUCUGCCCAAUCACUACACCAUUGGCCCACCCCCACCCCUCAUCAACACAAGCCUGGCUAUUGGCAACGCAGAGGAGUCGGCCAGUCAGCCAAUAGCUGGCUGUCAGGGUUCCUGCAGCACAGACACAGCUGUGGUCAAACGUCCGUCUGUCAUCCAGCAUGCCCAGAGCUUCAAGCCGCUGUUCUGCGAGACAGGGGACAGGAGGGAGAGGGAGGGCCUGAACAGGAACAUGUAUAAACCAGGGGAACCCUACUCACCCUGUGACCUGACCCAGCACCAUCCCCUAUCCGAUCCAUCCCCCCAGACUAUACACCAUCCCCUAUCCCAUCCACCCCCCGAGACUAGACACCAUCCCCAGCCCCACCCUAACUCUCCCUAUGACCUGACCCAGCCCCACCCUAACUCUCCCUGUGACCUGACCCAGCCCCACCCUAACUCUCCCUAUGACCUGACCCAGCCCCACCCUAACUCUACCUAUGACCUUUACCUACGGUGUCCUGAGACGCCCCAACCUGGCCACAUUACCAGAUUCCUGCCUGACUUCUCCCACCCCCUCCACCCCCAGAACCUCCACCGUUUGUACAACCAUACAGAGACACACGCCAGCCAGUUCAUCAGCAGCAGGGAGAGGGAGACAGCCUUACCCAGGGACUGUGAGGCUGCGCCUGGCCCGGGAGGGCCGCGGUUCCCCUCCUCUAAACACCCCGACACAAUGGGUCUGGGGGGCUACUGUGCCCGUAUAAACCCCCUGACCCCCAACCUAACCCCUCACACACUAAGAGACAUGACAUCUCUCGUACAGACAAGCUCAGAAGACCAACCCACAGACUUAAGUCUUCCCAAGUCCUCUCCUCACAAACCUACCCCCUCCACUGCCACCCCCUCCCUUCACAACAACCCCCACCUCCUCAUGCCCCUCCAGGAUACUGGGAGGUUCUGUAGAGUCCCCCCCAUGACCAUGUCCUCCAGCCCCAGACAGCCUGCAGACCCCCAGCCUAACCCCAGGGGGAAGACCCUGAAUGGCCAGAGAGGAGGAUGGGAGGACCAGGGGCUGGGACACAAGAUGGAGGAGCUAAACAGACCCAUCCUAGGCACCAAGAAUACGUCCAGACCCCAGAACAACGUGUGCACGGCGCACCCACUGAAGAGGAGUCUGGAGGAGCGGGAGAACGGGCCCCCAGAGAGGAAGAUCAGAGCUGUCACUCCCAUGCACUCUUCCUCCUCAUCCUGUACAAUCAGGGACAGAGACAGGGAGGGCCACUCGGAGUGGAAGGUCAGGACCCCAGCGCUGGAGGGGGUGGUACCAGCCGACCCACAGCCAGCCCCGGCCCACAGUCUCCACCUACACAUCAACUCCUUUGUGGAAGGACACAAGUUCCCCUUCCACUCCUCCCCCCUGUUCCCCGGGGGCCUCUACCCAGAGGCCUUCAUCUCUCAGAUCCAGGAUAUGUGUGGGGGCCUGGGCCCCCACAGGCCCCUGGGGUACCACCCCCUACAGUACCUGAAGAACCAGGCCGGCCUCUCUCCUCUGGUCCCGCCCUUCGCUUUCCACUCCUUCAUGAUGCAAAGACAGGCUCACAGCCCCGCCCACAUGUACCGGCACCCUAUGGGAGCCUCGUAUGGGGAACUGUUGCAUCAUGGUCUACACCCCAUGUCUUCCAUGUCUGCCCUCAACACACAGCAACACCCAGACAUCAGCCCCUCACAGCUCUCCUCUGUCAAACCAAACACCAAACUAUCAUAAUCCUAACCCGCCCUUCAGAGCCUCACAGCUCUCCUCUGUCCACCCCAACACCAAACUAUCCUAACUCAACCACUCCCUACAGACAAGUCAGAAGUUUACAUACACCUCAGCCAAAUACAUUUAAACUCAGUUUUUCACAAUUCCAGACGUUUAAUCCUAGUAAAAAUUCCCUGUCUUAUGUC